UUCCCAGUUCUUCUGAACGCGGCAUCAGUUAGAGAUGGCGUCCCUUUUGCAGCCUGACAGGGUUCUCUACCUAGUUCAUGGAGAGAAAAAGAUCCGAUCGCCGUUGUCGACACUUUAUUUUUGCCGGUAUUGCAGUGAAUUGCGUUCCCUAGAAUGUGUGUCUCACGAGGUGGAUUCACAUUACUGUCCAAGCUGCCUGGAGAAUAUGCCUUCAGCAGAGGCAAAGCUGAAGAAGAACAGGUGUGCCAACUGCUUCGACUGCCCAUGCUGCAUGCACACCCUGUCCACCCGGGCCACCAACAUCCCAGCCCCUCUUCCUGACGACCCCAGCAAGACGACCAUGAAGAAGGCCUAUUACCUGGCCUGUGGCUUCUGUCGUUGGACAUCCAGAGAUGUGGGCAUGGCUGACAAGUCUGUGGCCAGUGGAGGAUGGCAGGAGCCGGACAACCCUCAUACUCAACGGAUCAAUAAACUGAUAGAGUAUUACCAGCAGCUGGCCCAGAGAGAGAAACUGGAGAGGGACCGGAAGAAGCUGGCCAGGAGACGACCCUACAUGCCACUGGCCUUCUCGCAACACACUAUUCAUGUGGUGGAGAAGUAUGGUCUGGGUACCAGACUACAGAGACAGAGACCUGGAGCUCCUAUCACCAGUCUGGCUGGUCUUUCUCUGAAGGAAGGUGAAGACCAGAAGGAGAUUAACAUAGAACCAGCUCAGGCCUUAGAUGAGGUGGAGCCACUGCCUGAAGACUGCUACAACAGACCCAUCAACCUACCUGAGGCCCCACCCCCACCCUCCCCUAACUCCCGCAUUUCGGCCGUUCAUGCCUCCCAACCUUCCCUACCCACCCCUGUUUACGAUGCCACCUCACAAUCACACUCCCCGCUCUCCGUUAUCCACAUGGCCCCCCCUCACUAA